AUGCGCUUGCAAAAUCUCUGGUUCCAGCAGAAUCACGCAACAUGCCACACCAGCCGUGAAACAAACACUAAAUUCGUUAUCAGCCGCUUUGGAGGCAUUCAUUGGUCAGCCCGCAGCUGUGAUUUGACGUCCGUGGAUUACUUCCUAUGGGGUGCUGUUAAGGAACGCUGUUACACUAACGAUCCUCAAAGAAUUGACGUUCUUAAGGAACAUAUCCGUCGAGCUAUUGAUGAAAUAGACCAACAAACUAUCGAAAAUGUGCUUCAAAAUCGGAGUACUAUGGGCAGCCAAAGAACAAAUUGCCACAUCAUCAUUAUCUUCUCCUUCGUCACAGUGGUCUCUGCAAUGGCACAAUUAGAUGAUAAAGAUAGAGAUAAAUAUAAAGAUGAAGAUAAACAUGAAGAUGAAGAUAAAGAUAAAGAUGAGGAUGAGGAUGAGGAUGAGAAUGAGGAUUAG